AUGCCUCUCACAGACAACUUCAGCGCCCAGCGUCCACCGCAUCUCAACCUGACCAACAUCCCGUCAGCCUCUAUAGCCGGGUCCGCUGCCGAGCCGCGAACCCCUGGCGAUCUCGACGUUGACCUCCAGCACACGCACCCCGACGCCGAAGAUUCAUACGAGCCUCAGCACUAUGCCCACUCGUCUCCCUCAUGCUACACCGAGAGCACGGUGACUGUCACGGGUGACACUGCCGUCCCACGCGGUGACCUCUUGUACUUCAUAAACCGCGACUACGACGGUGCGGCCCAGCCCCUGACUCAGCAUGCCAUCGAGGCCCUCAACCACACAUACAACACUGGCGCGUACACUGGUGACAUCCGCGAAUGGGUUCACGGCGGACAGUUCGCAGGUCACGAGCAGACCGAGCUGAGCGCUAGCAUGAUGGUCACCAAAGGCCCGCGAAGCCAUGCCACCACGCAGACCACUGGCUCGUCCUGGACCAUCGUAUCGUCGGUGCCCUCGCGCUCGCACGACGACCGCACUGCCGACGCCGUGUGUGCCACGGGCUGCAAAUUCGAUGAUAUCGCGGCUCACCCAUCCGGCUCGAGCAUCCUGGAUGAGGACUUCUACUGA